AUGAAAAAAUAAUAUGGCAAUUCAUUUAUUUUAGACACUUCGAUUGUAACUUACAUUAAUUAUAAAAGGGAAUGAAUAACACAAUUUACUUGAGUCCUAAUGCAAAAAAACCAAUGACUAAUAGUUUUUCAAAUAAAACAGAUCUAUAUGAUUAAAAUUUGUAAUGCAAUAUAUUUCUCUUUCUAUCAAUUGUACAUGGAAAUCAUCAAUUAAAUAAACUAUUUAUAUAAAGAUGUGGUAAUAAAGAUAAGUUUUUAUAAAUGUUUGAUACUUUGUAAUACUCUGCUUUAUUAACAAAAGUUCUUCAAAUAGUUAAUUAAUAUUUUACAGAAACUUCAACUUAAUGUUAUGAAUAAUAUCCUAUUAGUAAUAAUAAAUCAUGGUAUUCAUCUGAUUAAAAAUACACACCUAAAUAAGGAAGUAAUGAUAAAUUUUAAUCAAUGAUAAAGAAAAUAAUAACAACUGAUCUAGAUCCUUUAAAGUCUUUAAUUAAUAGAGUUUAAGAAUAAAAUUACAGUUAAUAUUAAUCUUCAACUAAAAUUGCAUCAACAUCUCAACUUUCGAAUAAAUUGAGUGAGAAGUUGAUGAAAACUAAUAUACUCAAAGAUUAAUUAAAAGAAAAGAUAUCAAAAUUAGCUAUGUAGAAUAGUUACAAUUAUUAAUAUAAAGUAAUAAAGACUGAAUCAGAUGCUUCUUAAUCUUAACCUGUACUUAUGAGAGAUACUCCAAGUUAGACAAUCUCAUAAUAAGAACCAAUUUUUCAUAAGCAAAAUAGAAUUUCUUUUGGAUAACAAUAAUUGUUUAAUAAUGUAACAAAUGGGGAUUAGAUUAUUGAAUAUUAAUAAAAUGGAAAAAAUUAAAAAACAUUAAUUGAAUCUUCUCCUACAUUUCUACAUCAUUAAUUAAAGGAUAAUGCUAUUUAAACAUCUGAGAAUGAAAUAAAUGUCUAAAAUUCCAAUAUUUAAAAAGAAGAAUUGAGUAAUGAUCAUUCUUUAGAUUUAUCAUAAGAAAGAUCAAAAAGAUUUGAAGGAACGUUUGGUAAAGUUAGAAAUAGAGAUGGUAAAAAUAAGAAAAAAUCAAAUAGUGUAUCUGGUAAUGUAUCACCAUAAAGAAGUGAAAGACACAAUCAUGAAGUUAUUUCGAUAGAUUAAAUAUAACACAAAAAAAAAAUUAGUAUUAAUAGUGUAAAUAGAAGAUAUAAUAUACUAACAAAUGAAUAAUUGGAAUGA